AUGUUGUACGACGCUUCCUACUCAGAAGAACUACAAGUCAAAGAUUCAAUCACCACUUCUUUCAUGAUAGGCUCAUUUGCUGGAUUUGCCGGAGAGUUUACCGAGAAAGUUCUCGAACGACUAUCAAGAUGUCCUUUAGUUGAUGAGAUAUCUCAGGAUAUCGAGGUGUAUUCUUUCACCACAAACUACCAAAUGCUUGCACCCCGUCAUUUGGCCCGAUUAAGUAGAAGGAGAAGGAUGUUGCCGAUUCUAAAGUAUCCAUUUGUAUACAACAGCGAGUUUGCAGGGAAGAAGGUUAACGCAUAUGUCAUCGAUUCUGGAAUAUACAUUGGUCAUCCUGAGUUCCAAGGGAGAGCAAGAACCGGUAGAGAUUUUUCAAAUGAGGGAGAGGGUGACAACAACGGUCAUGGUACACACGUUGCAGGUUUGAUAGGUGCAAAGUCGUACGGUGCGGCAAAGAAUGUGGAGAUUUUUGACGUGAAGGCACUAAAUUCUGUGGGAACAGGCACGUUGAGUACAAUUAUAUCGGCCAUUGAAUUUGCAGUGAACCACCGUUUACGAAGUGGUAGGCCCGGCGUGGCAAACUUAUCAUUUGGAGCACAUCAGAAUGCAAUAUUGAACAGUGCAAUUGAACAAGCGACGCGAACUGGUCUUGUUUUUGUUGUGGCUGCUGGUAAUUCAAAUAUUGAUGCCUGCUUGAUGAGUCCCGCAAGCUCAACAUACGCCAUAACAGUGGGUGCUAUAGAUGACCACGGUGAUUCAAUAGCGGGAUUUUCAAAUUGGGGCUCAUGUGUGGACAUUUUUGCUAGCGGUUCGAAUGUGAGAAGUGUCGACUUCAAAAACAUAUAUAAAUCGCUGAUUCUAUCGGGCACGUCGAUGGCCAGUCCUAUAGUGGCAGGAGUAGUUGCUACAAUAUUAAGUGAAGGUGUAGAUCCUGCACACGUGAGAGAUAGGUUAAACGAAAUUGCAACUUUGGACAGAAUAUCGAGAACAAGUUUGUAUUUCAGGCCAAAUACACCGAAUAGAAUAGCUUAUGUUGAAGUUGAGGAGAGUUUCCUGAAGGCAGACAAAGAUAACGACAGUGAUUCAAAGGAUGAGUUGGAGUCAUACCAGAAUCCAGUGGAACCUUAG